GUAUUAUAAUAUGAUUAUAGAAUCAAAUGUACCCUAAAAGAUCAUAGAUUUAUACAAGCCAUAUAAGAAAUAGUUCGAAAGUGUUAAACAUGUUCUACAAGGGCAUACAUUUUAUUUAGAUUAAAGAUAUAUGCCUAUUGAUAUAAGUGAACAUUCACAUUAUAAAAUUAGUUGGCCAAGGGGCUUAUGGUUGUGUAAUACAAGCAAUAGACAAAUUAACAAACAAGCCUGUUGCUAUAAAAAAAAUAGAGAGAACAUUCAAUCAUCGUUUGUUUGCUAAGAGAACUCUGAGGGAAUUGAAAAUUCUAAGAUUGAUAAAACAUGAUAAUGUAUGAUGAAUGAUUCUAUAGAUUCUUUAGGUAGUAGAUUUAAAAUAAGUCUUAUUGCCUCCUAGUAGAGAAGAAUUUGAAGAUGUUUAUAUGGUGAUGGAUUUACUGGAAGCAGAUUUAUCAUAAGUUAUUAAAAGUGAUUCAAUCUUAAAUGAUGAUCAUAUGCGACUGUUUAUUUAUCAAGUAUUGCGAGGUCUAAAAUACUUACAUUCAGCUGGAAUUUUGCAUAGAGAUUUAGUGAUAAUCAUAUUUAAUUUAGAAACCAAGAAAUUUAUUAUUGAAUAGAAGUUGCGAUGUGAAGAUAUGCGAUUUCGGUUUGGGUAGAGCAAUAGCAGAAAACAUUCAAAAUAACAUUAUGAUGACAUAUUAUGUUGAAACUAGAUGGUACAGAGCUCCUGAAUUAUUAAUUGGAUAUCAGAACUACAGUUCAGCUGGUAGAUAUUAAAGUUUAUAAUUUUUCAGUUGAUAUUUGGUCAGUUGGAUGCAUAUUAGCUGAGAUGAUUCUCAGGAGACCGUUUUUGAGAGGAGAUUCUACUAAACACCAAAUCAAAGUUAUUUUUGAAUUGUUGGGAACUCCAAAUGAACAGUAUAUUCAGUCAUUCCCAGAUUUAAAAGUACAGCAAAAUCUACGAAAAAUCAUUUAAGAGUAUGGGCAUUAAAAUGGUAUUGGAUUGAAUUAGAUAUUUGGACAUAUAAAUUAAGAUCGUAUAUAAAAAAUAGUAAUGAAUAGUUCUGGAUUUAUUGAAAGGACUUUUGAAGUUUGAUCAUAGAGAUCGUUUAACGGCUGCUUAAGCUUUGAAACAUUCAUUCUUACAGAUUUUGCAUAGCGAGGAAGAUGAAGUAUUGCAUUAUUUUAUGUUCGCUUAUAGCCAACAUCUCUGCCAGUAAAUCACUUGGAAUUCGAGUUUGAAAAAUAUGAAUUGACUAAAGAGCAAUUGAAAGGUAAUGGAAUAAGAUGCUUAUGUUAUAGAUAUGCUUUAUGAGGAGAUCUUGCUUUAUCAUUUUUCAGAGUUUAGAAAUUAGUACUUCUAAAAGCUGCAAUCUGGUUAGUCAUUGAUUAGUCACAUUGUAAACAAUGAAAAUGCUCGAAUAAUUGAUCCAAAUGCUGAUGAUGAUUUUGAAUAAUGAUCAAUGAAAUUAAUUCUUUUG